UGUUACUGACGCAAUACUUCUAACUUCCUCCUUGGCUCCGCACUAUUCUGUUUUCCUUAUUUAUAACCCAAGUCCAAAAUCCUUCAAUCCUUCAUCCACUGCUGCCGCCUGCCUCCACUCCAGUCUCCAGCCCUUCCGCAGACCCAGACGGCCAGAACGCAGUACCGGCAGCCACCGCCCACCACCAUCACCACCAAAGACAAUGGAGGUUGAUUCGGAGAUGCAUGAAUCUGUUGCUAACGCUACUGAGAAUGGUACCCCAAUUGUUCAGAUGGACAGUGUGGAGUCAUCUACAAAGGAAAAUGUAAAGGAAAAUGAUGAGAUCAUGCAGUCGAUUGAGAAGCUGAAAAUUGAGGAACCAACAUCGAGCUUUAAGAGAAAACCUGUGAUCAUUAUUGUCGUUGGAAUGGCAGGAAGUGGAAAAACGACUUUUAUGCGGCAGCUAGUGUACCAAACACAUGCAUCAAAGCUUCGAGGUUAUGUGAUUAACCUUGAUCCAGCUGUUAUGACUCUUCCUUUUGGUGCUAAUAUUGAUAUAAGGGAUACUGUCAAGUACAAGGAAGUUAUGAAGCAAUUUAACUUGGGUCCUAAUGGAGGAAUUUUAACUUCCCUCAAUCUAUUUGCAACAAAAUUUGAUGAGGUCAUUUCAGUUGUUGAACGUAGAGCCGACCAACUUGAUUAUGUGUUGGUGGACACACCUGGGCAGAUUGAAAUUUUUACUUGGUCUGCUUCUGGAGCCAUAAUUACUGAAGCCUUUGCGUCGACCUUUCCGACCGUGAUUGCUUAUGUGGUUGAUACUCCACGCUCCUCAAAUCCAACUACAUUCAUGAGUAAUAUGCUGUAUGCUUGUAGCAUUCUUUACAAGACGCGACUGCCUCUCGUCUUGGCUUUUAACAAGACAGAUGUUGCUCAACAUCAAUUUGCUUUAGAGUGGAUGGAAGACUUUGAGGUGUUUCAUGCAGCACUUGAGUCAGACCAGUCGUACACUUCAACUCUGACUCGAAGUCUAUCUCUUGUUCUGGAUGAGUUUUAUAAAAAUCUGAAAUCAGUUGGAGUAUCUGCAUUGUCUGGCGCUGGGAUGAAUGAAUUCUUUAAAGCCAUUGAUGAUAGUGCUACAGAAUACAUGGAAACUUAUAAGGCUGAUUUUGAUAAGAGACGGGCAGAGAAGCAACGGUUGGAGGACGAUCGCCGGCGUGAAAACAUGGAGAAGCUUAGGAAGGAUAUGCAAAAGUCAAAUGGAGAAACAGUGGUUCUAGGUACUGGUUUAAAAGACGGAAAGACUGACCGCAAGAGCAUGCUGGUAGAGGACAAUGAGGAUGAGAGUGAAGAAGAAGACGAUGAGGAAGAUGAAGAUGGUAGGAUCAGCGAGGAGGAGGAAGAUAUGUUAGAUGAUGACGAUGAUGAUGCUCAACAAGAGAUCACCCAUUUUUCUUUCUAACUCCAUCAUCGUUCACACUCCAAACAAAGCUUGAAUUGAAUUCGAUUCAAGGUACACUAACUUUUGUUUGUUUGGGUGUUUACUUUGCCUUACCUAAAUGCUAUGAUCCAAUUGUGGAUUGAAAGCUACUGUAUAUAUUGACCUUUUUGUUAUUGGGUUUAGCUGAAGUCUUCAGCGUAAAAUUUUUAAUCCUGUUUUUAAAUUAAGUUGGUAUAUGCAAAUUUUGGGACCUGAUCUUGUGUCUUAUUGCAUACACAAAAAGCUUUUCCUUGUUUGUGCCAUA